AUGAAAUCAACAGCAGCACCAGCAAAUGCACGUAGGUCGCGGAUUGCUGGAGGUUUUUCCUCAAGCUUUCUGAGACCUCAGAUUUACGCCGUUCCUGAAGAUGCCGAACAAAUGAUUCAAUUUUUUGGUAUUGAAACUCCUAUUGGCUAUCCCGGGUGGCAAUUGACGAGCUCUUGGAAGGAUAUCAAAAAAUUGAUCAAUGACGAUCCUCGUUAUUUGAAAUAUAAUGAUUCGGACAAAUGCGAACGCGAAUUCCACGAUUACAUGGUUGGCAAAACCAUUUCGGCUAAAGUUGAUCUGAAAGAAUGUAAGCUUAUCACACAUAAAAGUAUCGAAUUGGUCAAAGACAAUCCAAAUCAUCUUAAAGAGAUUAAGGAUAUUUUAAAAGUGGAUAAAAGAUAUUUGUUGUUGGAUUAUUUAGUUGAAGAACGGACUAAUAUAGUGCUGGAUUAUUUGGAGGAAUUACAAAAAUGUGGUCCCCCGCCGUCGCCAAGUGCUUCGGUCAUCGCACGGCGCAAAUAAUAAUCAAAUAAUAUACAAUAUUUAAUUUUAAGGAUAUAAUAUAAUAUUUACUCAUAUCAACA